ACUGAAGAUAAGGAAAAUGAAUCUCCACGGGCUUCAAAGCAAAGAACCUAUUCGGCUGAGGUCUUAACCAAAGAGAUUACCAGCUUACGAAGGCAAAUAAGCGAUUUACAAGAAUCUAUUAGCAAGUCCGUGCAUGAUUUUGAGGUCAUAGUGUCGCCAAAGAGGAAUAAACCAUUUCGAUGGACAGUGAAUAUCGAAUCAAUAACCAUCAAGAAAUUCAGGAAGCACAUUUUUGAUAUAUAUAAAACAUCCGCUUUGGAAAACCCAACAACAACACUUAAUUUCAUCAACGGUGCCGACGUAUACAAACCUAGAGACGAUGAUUCAUUUAAAGAAAUGUUGAGGAUUCUCUUGGCAAAAAAUAGGCCCAAAUUCACA